GAUGAGCCCGCGCUACUUCCUGCGCUCGCUGCUGCUCCUCAUCCUGGCCGCCUUCUCGGCCAACGCCAGCAACUGGCUGUAUUUAGCAAAGCUGUCUUCGGUGGGGAGCAUCUCGGAGGAGGAGACGUGCGAGAAGCUGAAAGGUCUGAUCCAGCGCCAAGUGCAGAUGUGCAAGAGGAACUUGGAGGUCAUGGACUCGGUGCGGCGGGGGGCGCAGCUGGCUAUCGAGGAGUGCCAGUUCCAGUUUCGGAACCGCCGCUGGAACUGCUCGACGUUGAACAGCCUGCCUGUGUUUGGCAAAGUGGUCACGCAAGGGACGCGAGAGGCUGCCUUUGUGUACGCCAUCUCCUCUGCUGGCGUCGCCUUCGCCGUGACAAGGGCAUGCAGCAGCGGGGAACUCGACAAAUGUGGGUGCGAUCGCACAGUGCACGGGGUCAGCCCUCAGGGCUUCCAGUGGUCCGGCUGCUCCGACAACAUUGCCUACGGAGUGGCCUUCUCGCAGUCUUUUGUCGAUGUGCGGGAAAGGAGUAAAGGCGCUUCCUCGAGCAGGGCGCUCAUGAACCUUCACAACAAUGAAGCGGGGAGGAAGGCCAUCCUCAACAACAUGCGGGUGGAGUGCAAGUGCCACGGGGUGUCCGGCUCGUGCGAGGUGAAGACCUGCUGGAAAGCCAUGCCCCCCUUCCGCAAAGUGGGCAACGUGCUGAAGGAGAAAUUUGACGGGGCCACCGAGGUCGAGCAGAGGAAAAUCGGCUCGGCCAAAGUGCUGGUGCCCAAAAAUUCCCAGUUCAAGCCCCACACGGACGAGGACCUGGUCUACCUGGACUCCAGCCCGGACUUCUGCGACCAUGACUUAAAGAACGGUGUCCUGGGCACCAGCGGGAGGCACUGCAACAAGACCUCCAAGGCCAUAGACGGCUGCGAGCUGAUGUGCUGCGGCCGGGGCUUCCACACGGACGAGGUGGAGGUGGUGGAACGGUGCAGCUGCAAGUUCCACUGGUGCUGCUUUGUGAAGUGUAAACAGUGCCACCGGGUGGUGGAGAUGCACACCUGCCGAUGACGCG